GUGAAACACACCUUAUAUUGUUCUGAAUAAUUCCCUACAGCCAAUCCAAACUCAUGUUAGUGAAUGGGGGUGGAAUGAAUAUAAGGUGAAGCAGAGCUCAGCCAACUAGAAGGUUUACAGUCGAAGAGAACAAGGAGCAUCUGAAGGAUCCCAAUACUACAUCAUACCAGGCAGAUUAAAGAGAAGAAAUCAUAAAAGGGCUUUACACAAAAGUAUGAUAGAUGGAGCAGGAGAAAAGCCAUUUCCUUGCACUGAAUGUGACAAAUCCUUUGCAGCAAAAAAAAAUUUAAUUUAUCAUCAGAGGAUUCAUACAGGGGAAAAUACAUUUAUGUGUUCAGAAUGUGACAAGAGCUUCUUACGAAAGAGUGAUCUUAUUCAGCAUCUGAGGAUUCACACAGGAGAGAAGCCAUACCAUUGUUCUGAAUGUGAUCAAAAAUUUUCACACCGAAGUUCAUUGACUGAACACAAUAUUAUUCACACAGGAGUGGGGCCAUAUCAGUGUACUGAAUGUGAUAAAUAUUUCAACAACAAAGCACAUCUCACAAAACAUCAGAGGAUUCACACAGGAGAGAAGCCUUUCAGAUGUUCAGAAUGUAACAAGUGCUUCUCAAGAAUAUCCAAUCUUUAUGCACAUCAGAGGAUUCACACAGGAGAGAAGCCUUUCAGAUGUUCAGAAUGUAACAAGUGCUUCUCAAGAAUAUCCAAUCUUUAUGCACAUCAGAGGAUUCACACAGGAGAAAAGCCUUUCAGAUGUUCAGAAUGUAACAAGUCCUUCUCAGUGAUUUCCGGUCUUUAUACACAUCAGAGGAUUCACACAGGAGAGAAGCCUUUCAGAUGUUCAAAAUGUAAUAAAUGUUUUACAAAUAAAUCAAAUCUGACCGAUCACCAGAGGAUCCACACAGGAGAGAAGCCAUUUAGAUGUUCAAAAUGUGCAAAAUGCUUCUCACAAACGUCAAAUCUGAAUCAACACCUAAAAAGACAUACAUAGGGAAGUCAUUUAGAUGUUCAGAAUGUGCUUAAUACAAAAAGAAAAAAUGUUCUUGUGAUCAGAAGACUUACAGGAAAGAGGCUCUGUUCUUGUUCUUAACUACUUAACCUCUGGAAGAUUAACCCCCCUUCAUGACCAGGCCAUUUUUUUUUGCAAUAUGACACUGCGUUACUUUAACUUACAAUUUGU